UCACAGCAGUUCUCAGCCCUGACAGAGGUGCUUUUCCACUUCCUAACUGAGCCAAAAGAGGUGGAAAGGUUUCUGGCUCAGCUCUCUGAAUUUGCCACCACCAAUCGUAUCAGUCUCAGCUCCCUCAGAAGCAUUGUGAAAAGCCUCCUCCUGGUUCCAAAUGGUGAACUGCAGUUUGCCCUGGAGCACACUUACUACAGCACAGCUUGGAUCAUGCUGCUCCUCUCAACUGUUUACCUUGCUUUGUUCCAGUGGAAGCAGAAUGCUCCCACCCUUGCUCAGUGGGCCAUUGGUCAGACUCUGAUGAUUAACCAGCUCAUAGAUAUGGAGUGGAAAUUUGGAGUGACAUCUGGGAGCAGUGAAUUGGAGAAAGUGGGAAGUAUAUUUUUACAACUAAAGUUGGUGGUUAAGAAAGGAAAUCAAACCGAAAAUGUGUAUAUAGAAUUAACCUUGCCUCAGUUCUACAGCUUCCUGCACGAGAUGGAGCGAGUCAGAACCAGCAUGGAGUGUUUCUGCUGAUUUCUGUCCCUGCAUCUCCCCUGGCCCCGUUCCCUGCCCUCCUCCCUUCCCUGGGUGACUGCUCUGAGAGGCACUUCACUCACAGGCCUGUGGGAUGCUCCAUGGGGUCCUGCUGGCUUCUUGGGAGCCCAGGUGCAAAGGGUUUCUGAAAAACAACAGGAUUAAGUACUUAAAGAGCCCAACACAAUUACCCCGUAAACUCUGUGUUAGGGCAACCUCCACCACCUAUCUGUCUUCCAGGACACAUUUUAGAUACUGUGACAGGCAGGCCACUGCAUCUCAGAUUCAGGGGAGAAAAUAAAUUGUCACCCCCCUUUCAAAGUUCCAGAGUAAAUAAAUGGUGCCAUCAUUCAAGAUAACAUGCUAAUCACCCUCCUCCCAAAAAACAAGAGCUUGUUUAUGGCUGAGGAAUCGGUGGAUUGUCUGAAUGACGUGUACAGAGCCCCCACGGAUUUCUGCACACUCUGGGUCUGUGCUGGUGGAACAUUGCCAGUCAGUUUUUAAUGAGGCACCUGUGUGUAAAUACAUGCUUGGUUUUCUCUGCAGAGAACUGAGGCUAAACUCUGUCCCCACUUCUGGUUUUGCCCUGUCAUGUUGUAACGAGGCAGGCCUUUUGAGGCCAUUUUAGUUUGAGCUCAAGCCAACCUCUUCUGUUGGUUAGAUGAUGAAUAAAAAGGUUCUGAAG